AUGGAACAAGAUUGGGAACCAGUUAUUUUGAGAUCUACUAGGACUCCGAAGAAUAGGGAACUGGUCAGAGAAAGUGCUGUAAGAGAAUCUCUUCUGUCUGACUCCACAUCAGGAAUUUGCAAAGGCGAAGAAGAUGAUACUACUAGUGUUGGCACUGCUUCGUUCUCGAGCCCUGACCUAGAAUUCAGUACACGAGAACGGCUUCCAACAAUUCAAAAGAAACUCCCAAACUUGGGCGAUGAAGCAAUUGCAUUACUGGAUAAGCCGAAAGGUAAUAAUGUUAAAAUAACCGUGAAUCCUGCUGAUAUAAAUAUCGAAACUAGGAAACAUGAGGAAGGAAAAUGUGAUAAAGAAAAAGUUAAGAUACCAGAUGGUGGCUGGGGUUGGGUGGUUGUGCUGUCUUCUUUUGUAAUAUCCAUGAUAGCAGAUGGAAUCAGCUUUUCUUUCGGAUUACUGUACAUAGAGUUUUUAGAAGAAUUUGAAGCCAGCAAAUCUACAACGGCCUGGAUCGGCAGCCUGUUCAUCGCUGUGCCACUACUCUCCGGUCCUGUGAUGAGUGCUUUGGUUGACAGGUAUGGUUGUCGUAGUAUGACUAUUCUUGGUGGCUUAAUUUCAACAUUGGGUUUUGUUCUUGCCUCCAUUUCUACGAGCCUAGAAAUGAUGAUGAUUACUUUUGGAGUUAUUGCUGGUUUGGGUCUCGGGCUGGUGUACGUUACCGCUGUCGUAUCUAUAGCGUACUGGUUCGAGAAAAAAAGGAAUCUGGCGGUUGGCUUAGGAGCUUGUGGUACUGGCGUUGGAACAUUCUUGUAUGCACCUAUGACACAAUACUUUAUUGACGAGUACGGAUGGAGAGGUACAAUUCUCUUACUCUCUGGGACACUUUUGAAUUUAUGUGUUUGUGGGUGCGUUAUGAGAGAUCCAGAAUGGUGGAUAGAAGAACAGAAACGACAGAAGAGCAGCAGAGAUGAAGGAAAACUUAAGAAAGAUGAUGAUAAGUCUAGACAUUCCAGUUCAGCUUCAAUUUCUGUUCCAUAUGUCUUUGAUUUUGAUGCACCAACGCGUGGUAAGAGUAUGGUUGGCUUGAUCAAAAGAGGAGUUUCUCCGGAAAAGGUGAUCAAACAAGAGGCAAAUAACAUCAAACGUCACCAGGAGAUAGUGAAACUUAAGAAAAGUAAACGUUUCAAUUCAAAAUCUCAAUCCGUAGAGAACCUACCGACGUAUCUCACUUACAGCGAGAAGUUAUCAAUGGGAACAUUAGAUACAUUAGUAAAAAAGACUAGCAGGGCGUAUGGGAUCGAGGUGAAGUAUCCAGCAUUUGCCAUAAAUCGUACGAAGAAGCAACUGAUAAAAGAACCGAGCAACGAAAUAAACGACCCCCCUGUAGUUAAGUACACGAAUGACGUUCUUCAACGAACGAAUUCAGAGAAAUAUGAGAAUAAAGAUAAGACUUCGGAUAAAUAUGAACUCAAGAAUCCGAAGAGAAAGGUAAUGAGAAAGGCUCAGUCUGAAACGAAGGAUGACAGAGAACUGGUAAAGCAAGAUAGUAAAGAAAACAGAAAAGAUUGGUUGAAAAAGCAACUGUCUGUAAAUCAUCAUUAUUUGAGGGAUUUAAAGAUGCCCUUAAACUCUAUAAGCCACAGAAAUGCGAUGCUGAACAUAAAGAGGUAUAGGCUGAAGGCAUCUUCAUGUCCUAUAUUCAAGAACUCUAUGAUCACUAUCGAUGAGAAGGAAGAGAACUGGUACGACGACUGCUUCAGCUGCCUCGCAGAUAUGUUCAACGUGACCCUUUUCAAGCGCAUGACGUUUAACCUCUUGUGCUUGGGUACCAUCAUUUUGUUUAUCUGGUUUAUCGUGCCUUACUUCUACCUCGCCGAGCACAUGAUACAUAAAGGGUAUACUGAUGAUGAAGGCGCUGGCAUGCUCAGCUUGAUUGGAAUUACUAAUACUAUUGGAAUGGUCGGUCUUGGCUGGAUAGGAGACUUCCCCAAGUUUCCAUUGGAGGCCUAUAUGCGUGUGCCUUGUACUCUGCGGUGCUUCUGUAGCAGCCAUUCCACCAGCCGCAGCCACCAAUUACUGGAUUUUAGCCUCUGCUGCUUCAGCUUUUGGGUUGUUUUUCGCAGCGUCAUAUACCUUCACACCGAGUCUGUUGGUCAAGCUGGUUUCUUUGGACGACUUUACUUCGGCAUAUGGUUUGGUGUUACUCGCGCAGGGAAUCGGCCAUCUUAUUGGUCCACCGCUGUCAGGUUUCAUUUACGACGUGACAUUAUCCUGGGAGCUAUCGUUCUACCUGGCUGGAGGCUGGAUCGUAGUGGCAGGUAUACUAGUCUCUCUUAUACAACCGGUGAAGAACUAUCAACUUCGUCGUGCAGCUCUCGAUAA